AUGCAGCCCCUUGCUGUUGUCCUUUUUCUUCCUUUUGUGUGUCUUACGACAGCCUUUGAUAAAAUUAUCAGCACCAAUGGCACCUUUGCAAACCGAAGAAAUUACAGCACAAUAUCUGUUGUUAAUGGAGGUCGUUGGGGUGAUUGGACAUGGUCUGACUUUUGUCCAGAGAAAUCGUAUGCCUCUGGAUUUAGUGUAAAGGUGCAUGACUUUGGAGGAUUUGUUAGCGAUGACACUUCACUCAAUGGGAUCCGCUUAUACUGCUCAAGUGGUCAUAAUAGCAGUAUUAUGUACACCAUUGAGUCUAGCAGUGGAGAGUAUGGGUAUUGGUCAGGGAUUAGAUGGUGCCCACAAGACAGUGUUUUACGUUCCUUUCAGCUGAAAGUUGAAUCUGACCAAGGAGCACUUAAAGAUGACACAGCAGUAAACAACAUCAAAUUCCGUUGUAGCAAUGGCGUUGUCUUAGAAGAAUCAGGGGGUCGUUUUGGUGAAUAUGGUGGAUGGAGCAAUGUCUGUGUUAAAGGUGGAAUCUGUGGCAUUCAAACCAGACAGGAGCCAUAUAGGCCUUGGGUAACAGAUAAUACAGGCAUGAAUGAUGUUCGCUUUUUCUGCUGUGAAUAA